CCCCGAGGAGAGCGCAGCCGCCCCGCCGGCCGGCUCCGGAGGAGGCAGCGGAGCGGACGGGCUCCAGGCAGAGGGGGUUGCGCAGCUGGCCCAGAGCUGGGGUGUCCACCCCGCCUGCCUCUCCAUCCCCUCAAACCCGGGGCCGGGGCCCUCCCCACAUCUCGGCUCCGCCCCGGCCCCGCCCAGCCCGGGCCGCCGGACCCGGAGCCUGGACAGCUGUAUUGCAACCACAGGCAGGGCUGGGGCUGCUGGCCAGAGUCCUGCCGGGGCAAAGUGAUGGAGGAGAAGGCGCUGGAGGUGGGCAGCUGUGGGCUGGGGCCAGGCGCUGUGGCAGUGGCCCUGGAGGAUAUGGCAGGGCGCCCUGGCCCCACAGAGCCCCCUCUACUGACCACACACCUGAAGAAAGUGGAGAACCACAUCACAGAAGCCCAGCGCUUCUCUCAUCUUCCAAAGCGCUCUGCAGUUGACGUAGAAUUCGUGGAGCUGUCCUACUCUGUUCGAGAGGGACCCUGCUGGCGCAAGAGAGGUUAUAAGACCCUUCUCAAAUGUUUGUCUGGCAAGUUCUGUCGAAAGGAGCUGAUUGGCAUCAUGGGACCAUCAGGGGCUGGGAAGUCAACAUUCAUGAACAUCCUUGCUGGGUAUAGGGAGACUGGCAUGAAGGGGCAGAUCUUGGUGAAUGGUCGACCUCGGGAGCUGCGGACCUUCCGAAAGAUGUCAUGUUACAUCAUGCAGGAUGACAUGCUGCUUCCUCAUCUCACGGUGCUAGAGGCUAUGAUGGUCUCUGCCAACUUGAAGUUGAAUGAAAAACAGGAGGUGAAGAAGGAGCUGGUGACUGAGAUUCUGACAGCUCUGGGGCUGAUGUCCUGCUCCAACACGAGGACAGCCAUGCUCUCCGGGGGUCAGAGGAAGCGACUGGCAAUUGCUUUGGAGCUUGUCAACAACCCACCCGUCAUGUUCUUUGAUGAGCCUACCAGUGGGCUGGACAGUGCCUCCUGUUUCCAGGUUGUAUCACUAAUGAAGUCCUUGGCUCAGGGGGGCCGUACUAUCAUCUGCACCAUCCACCAGCCCAGUGCCAAGCUCUUUGAGAUGUUUGACAAGCUCUACAUCCUGAGCCAGGGUCAGUGCAUCUUCAAGGGUAUGGUCACCAACCUGAUCCCUUACCUGAAGGGGCUGGGCUUGCAUUGUCCCACCUACCACAAUCCCGCGGACUUCAUCAUUGAAGUAGCAUCAGGAGAGUAUGGGGACCUGAAUCCAAUGCUGUUCCGAGCAGUACAGAAUGGACUAUGUACUGUGGCAGAGAAGAAGGACAGCGCCGAGAAAAACCACGUCCAAUCGCCUUGCCCUGCUUGUCCUCCAGAAGUAGACACCAUCGAGAGUCACACGUUCGCCACUAACACGUUCACCCAGUUCUGCAUCCUCUUCAAGAGAACCUUCUUGUCCAUCCUCAGAGACACGGUUCUGACCCACCUCCGAUUCAUGUCUCACGUGGUGAUUGGGGUACUCAUUGGUCUCCUUUACCUGCACAUCGGAAAUGAUGCCAGCAAAGUCUUCAACAACACGGGCUGCCUCUUUUUCUCCAUGCUCUUCCUCAUGUUCGCUGCCCUUAUGCCUACUGUUCUUACCUUUCCCCUGGAAAUGGCUGUCUUCAUGCGGGAGCAUCUCAACUACUGGUAUAGCCUCAAAGCUUAUUACUUGGCCAAGACCAUGGCUGAUGUACCCUUCCAGGUGAUUUGCCCCAUGGCUUAUUGUAGCAUUGUAUACUGGAUGACCAGCCAGCCAGCUGAAGCCUCCCGAUUCCUCCUCUUCUCUGCUUUGGCCACAGCCACUGCCCUGGUGGCUCAGUCACUGGGGCUACUGAUUGGGGCUGCAUCCAACUCCCUACAGGUGGCCACCUUCGUGGGUCCGGUGACCGCCAUCCCUGUCCUCCUCUUCUCCGGCUUCUUCGUCAGCUUCAAAACCAUCCCUACCUACCUGCAGUGGAGUUCCUACCUCUCCUAUGUCAGGUAUGGCUUUGAGGGUGUGAUUCUGACCAUCUAUGGCAUGGAACGUGGGGAUCUAGACUGCUCUGAGAACUCCUCGGGAUGCCCAUUCCAGAAGCCUGAGAGCAUCCUCCACCAGCUGGAUGUAGAGGACUCCAAGCUGUACAUGGACUUCCUGGUCCUGGGUAUCUUCUUCCUGGCACUGAGGCUCUUGGCAUACCUUGUACUCCGCUACCGGGUGAAGUCGGAGAGAUAGAGCUCCCUGCGUCCUACUGACCGGAGCAGGAAGCCUGUUCUCCCUCUCUACCCCACCCUCCAGCCCAUUGGGACUGUUUUAACCUCAGAGACUUGGGAACUGGUUGCUGGUGCAGCUAGUCUGACCCCAUCCCCACCCCCACCCAGACCCCCAUCAUUGUGGAUCUGCUCCAUGGAUUUCCAGGUCCUCCUGGAGGAUGGUGGAAGGCUCUAAACUUCUUCCCUCGGCCCUAUCACCUCCUGUGUUUUGAUGCAGUUCGUGGCUUUCCUUCUCACCUCUUCCUCAACACCUGCAUGCAAAGGACAUUUGUUGGGCUAUGGUAGCUCCCUUCUCCCCUCCUUCCAAUUCUACUUCCCCGGCCGGGCUCAGAGCCCUCUUUUUCUCCCACUGUCUGCCUGGGGAGGGGGCGCCCAUCUGGGUUUCAUCUUUGGAAACUCCCCCUUACAACUGACCAAAGCGCCCCCUCCCCUCCCCAGGGGGCCCCACCACAUAAAUGUUUGUAAAUUAGGCUGCAAAGGGUUGUUAUAAUACCCAGGGCUGGUCCCUGGCUGGGUUCCCUGGAAAAGUCCCAUGAUCCCAUUAUGAAAUUGAGCAGGGGGAGACUCUGGUAGUCAUACCCUCACCCCCAACUCUAAGCUGCUGGAACAAUCUCUUGAGGCAGAGGCUGGAAAUUCUGUCCUUGACUGCCCCUCUCAGGCCCCAGGGAAGGUAAGGCCUGGGGUCUUAAGGUUCCACAUCCCUCUUGUCCAUCUUCAUUUGGUGGGGAGGGAUGGUGCACAGUGGCACCUUAGCAAUAAUGCCCAUGUUUCUUUUGCCCAUUGGAACUGGAGAAUGCACUUUAUUUUGGGAGGUGGAGGGGUGAGGAGAGGCUGAGGGGAUGACCUUGAUCCUGCCCUCCUAUAGCCCUAUGGGCCAGGCCUUCCCAUCCCCUCUCCAGAUUCAUAGGCACACACCCACAAUCAUCACUUGGCCCUGGGAGAGGGACCCUGGUUAUGACCUUCCAUAAGCUCUGGGGAGGUGGGAUUUCUGCUCAGGAUCAUCUUAAGGAUCUGUGUAGGUGACUCCUCUCCACUCUUCUGUCCCUCCACAAGGCCAGGGGCAGGCACAGGGUGCUCCCUCCACCUGUAUUUCAGGACCUGGCAAAAGCACAGGCGGCUGGCACAAGUUGGCCUUGGCCAGCUCCCCCCAAAUCCUUUCUCCCUGUGCCCUAGGGCACGCCUCCCUGGGGCUGGCACCCCCUACACACACCCCUUCCCUUUCCUCUUUGCUGCUUGGUUCAAACUUCUGACCAUCCUUCAGCUCUCCUUCCAACCAGCCAAGGCUGCCCCUGGGCAUGAGAGCACCACCUGAUGGUUGUCAGAGUGACAGAAAUAUCCGGAGCAUUUCUGGUUUCCCUGGUGGGGGUCCAGAACCCCCUGCUGCUGAGCUCCCUGGCCUGGGAGCUGUGGCUGGCUCCUACCCACCCUCUCCCACCCCCCACAGACCCACAGUCUCCUGUCACAUGGAGAUGCCAGUGUAUUUGUGGGAUUUCACUCAUUAUUAAUAA